GCGCACGUCCAUUGGCCGGCUGAGCGAGGGGAGGAGCCGCUGGCUCUGGCCGCCGCCGCGAUGAUCCUGGGCCGCCUGAGCCGCUUUAGCCGCCUGCUGAAGCCAGCGCUGCUGUGCGGUGCCCUGGCUGCUCCCGGCUUGGCCGGUACCAUGUGUGCGUCCCACGAUGACUGGCGCUGCUGUCGCUCCAUGCAUGACUUCUCAGCCAAGGACAUCGACGGGCAUAUGGUUUGCCUGGACAAGUACAAGGGCUUUGUGUGCAUCGUCACCAAUGUGGCCACCCAGUGAGGCAAAACCCACGUAAACUAUACUCAGCUAGUCGACCUGCACGCCCGAUAUGCUGAGUGCGGUUUACGGAUCCUGGCUUUUCCCUGCAACCAGUUUGGGAGGCAGGAGCCAGGGACCAACGAGGAGAUCAAGGAGUUUGCCGCUAGCUAUAAUGUCAAAUUCGACAUGUACAGCAAGAUCUGCGUGAAUGGGGAGGAUGCCCACCCGCUGUGGAAGUGGAUGAAAGUCCAGCCCAAGGGGAGGGGCAUGCUGGGAAACGCCAUCAAGUGGAACUUCACCAAGUUCCUCAUAGACAAGAACGGCUGUGUGGUGAAGCGGUAUGGUCCCAUGGAGGAGCCCCUGGUGAUAGAGAAGGACCUGCCCUGCUAUCUCUAGCCUCACAAGCUGUGCCCCUGCCGAGCCUCUGCCCACGCCCCCAGAGCCUUCUACCUGGCAACUAUGACGGCCCGCCUGCAAACCAGCCUUGCUGGUGGGGCGGGCCUGAGAACCUGGCGUGCACCUGCCAGAGGAAGGUCCUGCGGCUCUGCGGGCUUAGCUAGGCGCCCCACCUUGGCUACCUUGUGGGAAUAAAAUGUAGAAAUCCA